AUGGAUGAAAAGCUGAAAGAAAUUUUGGAGGAAUUUUGGGCAUGGAGGCUCAAAGAAGCGCCAGAAUUUGGAACGAUGGUCGGUGAACAUUCACGAGACGACCUGCUUGAUGAUAUGAGCUUAGCGGCUUACGACAAGCGAAUGGUAAGUGGUUCGGUUUUUUACUUGCAAGGGUUUGUGUCUUUGGUCUGUCUCUUCAUGGCGUUUAUUUGUGCUUGUUGCUCACUGAAAAGGUUCUAGGAUUAGGUCAAAUUUGUGCAUUUGUACUGUACAGUAAUUUGGAAAGGAUUUUUCUUGAAACAGUUAUACAGACUUUAAUAAAUGUGUCCGCCUUUUGUGUCUGUAGAGAAUCCGGUGUCACUACAGCUAUAUUUAAAUAAAUAUAUCAUUUUCCUCCUGGUAUUGGCUCUAUACAUGCAGUGUACCAUUUCUGAUUACCACUUUUGACCAAAGUGAAUUAUUAUUUAUUUAUUGAUACAUUUAUUUUCAGAAAUGUGCAAAAGAUUACAUUGCCAAACUUGAAAAAAUUGAUGUUGAGAAACUGGACGAGGUAAUGAUUGAUUAGAAGAAUGAUGUGUCUUAAUUGGACAAUAAUUAACUGUUAAUUUAUUUAUUGCAACUUUGUGCAGGACAACAAGCUUAAUUAUGAGUUACUGCACCUUGAGCUGACAACUUAUAUCAAUGGAAUGGCAUUUAAAUGGUAUGUGAGAGUGACAACAUUACUUUUUGAUUUAAACAUGUGAUUGUAUGUUAAAGUAAUUUAUGUGCAUUAAUUCUCCUUGAUGCAAGACAAUAAGAUGAUGGUAUCGCUAAUACUGCUCAGCAUCAUCACUGCCACUACCAUCAUCACAACCACCACCAUCACAAUCACCAUGAUCAUCAUCAUAACCACCAUCACAUCCACCAUCAUCGUCACCAUCACAACCACCAUCAUCGUCACCACCAUCAUCACAACCACCAUCAUCACAACCACCACCAUCACAACCACCAUCAUCGUCACAAUCACCAUCACAACCACCAUCAUCGUCACCAUCACAACCACCAUCAUUGUCACCAUGACAACCACCAUUGCAACCACCAUCAUCACAACCACCAUCAUCGUCACCACCAUCAUCGUCACCACCAUCAUCACAACCACCAUCAUCACAACUACCAUCAUCACAACCACCAUCACAACCACCAUCAUCGUCACCAUCAUCGUCACCAUAACAACCACCAUCAUCGCAACCACCAUCAUCACAACCACCAUCACAACCACCAUCACAACCACCAUCAUCGUCACCAUAUUCCGCCACCACAAUGUUCCACCACUACGAAUCCACCAUCAUCACAACCACCAUCACAACCACCACCUACCUGACCAUCAACCAUCAUCACAACCACCACCAUCGUAAUAAAUCACCACCAUCACAACUACACGCAACCACCAUCAUCGUGGACUCAUCAUCAUCAUCGUGGACCAUCAACCACCACCAACCACCGCACCACCCUACACCACCAUCACAAACCACCACCAUCACAACCACCCACCAUCACAACCAAUUUACUCAUCGCUACCAUCACAACCACCAUCAUCGCUACCAUCACAAACCACCAUCACAACCACCCACGUCAGCCACUUAUCACAACAUUUAUUUGUUACUUUUAUGAUAACGCAUUUUAUUAUUGUGAAUUUACUUUAUUAUUACUUACUUCAUUUAUUAUUACAUUUACUUCAUUAUUGCAUUUACGACAUAUACCCAUUUAUUAUUGCAAUACCAUUAUUAAGUAAUUCAUUUAUUAUAAUUUUACUUAUUAUUUCAUUUAUUAUACUCAUUUAUUAUUAGUACUAUAAAUGCAUUUAUUAUUGUGAAUGACAUUAUACCCAUUUUAUUAUUAUUAUUUUGCAUAUUAUUAUUAUUACGCAUUUAUUAUUGGCAUGAUGACAUUAACCCGCCAUUUUCUUUCUGAGAACGAUUUAUCUGAUUUUAUUGAUCUGAUUAAUCCACGAUUUAAACCACCAUCAUCACAACCACCAUCAUCACAACCACCAUCAUCGUCACCACCAUCAUCACAACCACCAUCAUCACAACCACCAUCACAACCACCAUCAUCAUGACCAUCGCAAUCAUCAUCACCACCAUCAUCAUCGUCCAUUAUACCACCACCAUUAUCAUCAUCAUCAUUACCACCAUCGUCAUCACCAUGAUAGCCCAUCAUGACCCUAGAGACCUACAUUGGUGUUUUCUCCAUUAUCCAGCUACCUGUUUCCAGUGAAUGGACUGGAAGGACCCCAAGUGGACUUUGGUAAAACUGUAUCCUGGAUGAAGAAUGAAGUUCCUGCUGAUUUUGAGAAAAUUCUCUCUCGAUACAACAAGUAUCCUAAACAAGUAAGUUUUAAUAGGAGCAACCAAAUUAAACUCCAUCUCAAACUUUACUUGUCACCAAAUUAAUACUACCAUUUUCGAGCUUCCGUGAAGCGUGCAUUUAUAACUAGGUUUUAAAACGUUUCUUCAGCAUGAGUUUGUCAUUCAAAACUUUUUUUUCGCUCCUAAAACAUUUUGUUUUGACAUAAUAACUUCUGUGGGCGUGGGCGUGGUAUAAAACAUAUUGUUUUGCACGCGAAACUUUGAAUUUCGGCGUCAAAACUCAAAAGGGCAACGUAAACAUAUCCAGAAGGUGCUAUAAAUCUGUUAUUUCGCUUUCUAUAGCAAUUUUGUCAGUAUAAAGUCAGUCCGUGUGAAAAAUAAGAAGAAAUUUUCGCGUGCAAAACAAUGUGCUUGACACCACGCCCACAAAAGUUACUAUUGCAAAACAAAAAGUUAUGAUUGACAAACUCAUGCUGAAGAAACGUUUUGAAACGUAGUUAUAAAUGCACGCUUCACGGAAGCUCGAAAAUGGUAGUAUGAUCACUCUGAAUAACUGCAAGUUGACUACCUAGUGAAACCAAGUUUAAUUUGCUUUAUUUGCAUGUUCUAGGCUGACCAGAUUAUUGAGCUGAUGAAAAAAGGAAUUGAGACUGGUUAUGUGAAUGCUAAAAUUUCAAUGGUAACUUAUCACCAAUUCAUCAUCAUAAAUAUUAUUACUGUAAUACUGUCAUCACCACCAUGAUCUCCAUUAUCAUAGUACCAUAUGAUCAUCAUCACCAGCAUUUUCAUUAUCACCACCAGAAUUGUGAAUCACCAUUAUCACUGUCAUUAUCACCAUCACCAACAUCUUCAUUAUCACCACCAAUCAUGAACACUGCCAUCACUACCAUCAUAUUUAACACACAUUCAUUGUACUUAUUCCAGGAAAAAGUACCAGAUAUGUUCACAAAAAUUGUGGAAACACCAGUUAAAGAGUCUGCUUUCUACGAGCCUUUCAAGGAAAUGCCAUCUCCUAUCGAAGAGAAGAAAAGGUGAGCAUCCUGAGUCAAAAUUUUUGAUGUGAUUUCAAUUGUCCAGUACCAAUUCCUGCUGUAUCAAUAAAGAAUGAUCCUUAUACUGAACCUCUAGAGGGUUAGACAGUUUACGCAAAACGCUUUUAGAUUAGCUUUUUUUCUUUCUAAUUUCUUAGGAAUUCGAUGCAGGAAAGAGCCGUGAAGGCCAUUAAUGAGAAACUGUAUCCAGCUUUCACGAAAAUCAGUAAUUAUAUCAAAGAGGUAGGUUUCAGAUGGUAACUUUAAUUCGUAUCUUUUUACUCCUUAGUGAAGGUGUUCAAAAAACGCCGCGGUUUGUGGCUACAAAGUAUGCCGGAUUUCGGCAUACCGUGCAGCCACAUUUUGCAACAUUUGGCUACAUAAAAAUGCAGCAUGUUGUGGUUUCAUGGGCAGUACCAAAGACGACUAUGAUAUAAUUAGAAAAGACAGAUCACGAAAUGGUGGUGGCGUUUGCAUAUAUUUGCGUAGCUCCAUGAAUUACAAAAUCCGAUCUGACCUAAUUCCAUCUGAAUUAGAGGCUGUUUGUGUAGAAAUUACUAAACCACACAGUCAACCAUUUGUUGUUACAACUGUUUACAGACCACCCAAUGCAUCAUCAGAUUUCUUUGACCAUCUUGAAAAGUUGAUCAAACAAAUCGAUGAUGAGAAUAAAGAAAUGUAUUUGAUGGGUGAUCUAAAUUGUGACAUGUUAAAAAAGGAAAAGCUUUCUAAUGUGUCAACAAAAAAACUGAACUCAUUAUAUGAAUUGUACCAAUUGUCUCAAUUAAUUGUACCCUGGAUUCCAGAGCCUUCGACAGUAAAUAAUAAAUUGAAAUGUCGCGAAGGCUCUGGUUCAACGGGGCGAUUCUUUAUCGCCCCGUUGAACCAGAGCCUUCGCGACAUUUCAAUUUAUUAUUUACUGUCGAAGGCUCUGGAAUCCAGGGUAAAUUAAUUGAUGAACCUACUCGAAUUACAAUGACAACGUCCAGCCUCAUUGACCAUAUUAUUACCAAUACACCGGAAAAAAUUUCUCAUUCUGGUGUUAUUCACACUGGAAUCAGUGAUCACAGUUAAGUAUUUGCGAUCAGAAAAAUCCGAAUUAUGCAAAAGAAAGAGAAAAACACUGUUGAAAUAAGAAAUAUGAAAAAUUUUGAUGAAAAAAAGUUUGUAGAUGAACUUUUAACUCAGCAUUGGGAAUAUGUUUAUUUUUUUGGCAAUGACCCAACUGCUAUGUGGGAAAUUUGGAAGGAACUUUUCCUAGAAGUAUUAGAUAAACAUGCACCACUCCAACAAAAAAGGUCAGAUCUAGCAAAAUCCCUUGGAUCACAAGUAAAAUUAAGAACUUCAUUAAUACACGAGACAAACUAAAAAGAAAAGCAAUUAUAAGUAAAUCAGAAAUAAAUUGGAUAAAUUACAAAAAAGUUAGGAAUCAGGUGAAUAUUGAAUUAAGAAAUGCUAAACAAAACUAUUAUUCCACAAGAAUUGCAGGUCAAAAAUGUAAUCCAAAGAAAGCGUGGAAAUCCAUAAACAAUUUACUAGGCAAACAAACCAAACAAACUGUAGUGAAUGAAUUAAAUAUGGGUGAAAAUAUUUUAAACAAUCCACAAGAAAUUGUGGAAGGCUUCAAUGAAUAUUUUUCAAAUAUUGGGCCUGAUUUAGCAAGUAAACUUGAUAUGCCCAAAUGCAAUUUUGAGACAUAUGUUAAAAAAUCUACAUCAGAAUUUGCUGCAUUCCAACCUACAACUGUUAAUGAUAUAUUUAAUUUAUUGUGUGGAUUAUCAAGCAAUAAAGCAACUGGCAUUGAUAAGAUUUCAUGCAAAAUUAUUAAGAUAGCUGCACCUGCCAUUGCAGAUUCGCUAACACAUAUAUUUAAUCAGGCUAGCGCUAUUAAUUUAUCGUCCUUCCCUGAUCAAUGGAAG